CCCGCGUCACUUCCGCGGCCGGCGCGCGGCCCGGGCCCGGAGCUCUAUGGUGCGGCGGCGGCGGGGCGCGGGCCGGGGGGCGCCGGGCCGGCCCGCUCGGUGAGGGCAGCCGGACCCGCCUGCCGCGGGCUCGGGCGGCCCUGCCCUGCUCUGCUCUGCCCUGCUGGAGGGCGCCGGGAGCGGCAGCGAUGAGCGGCGCGGAGGGGAAGGAGGCGGCGGCCGCGGGUGCCCCCGGGCGCUCGCUGGGUCCCAGUGAUGCGUCUCCAGAUGAAGGAGUUGUAGAAGAUCUGCCUUUAAUAGAUGAGAAAGCUGUGGAGCAGCUAACUGAAGGAUUGAUCUCCCACUAUCUGCCUGAUCUUCAGCGAUCAAAAUCAGCACUGCAGGAACUUACACAGAACCAAGUGGUACUGCUGGAAACAUUAGAACAAGAAAUUUCAAAAUUCAAAGACUGUAACUCCAUUGUUGAUAUCAAUGCUUUGUUUUCAGAAGCUAAACACUAUCACAACAAAUUAGUGAAUAUUAGAAAUGAAAUGAUGAUGCUGCAUGAGAAGACAUCAAAGUUAAAAAAAAGAGCACUUAAGCUGCAACAAAAGAGGCAGAAGGAAGAACUGGAACGAGAGCAGCAACGUGAGAAGGAACUUGAAAGAGAGAAACAGUUAACAGCAAAACCUGCAAAGAGGACCUGAAAACAGGGCAUGCAUCAACUUGUCUGAAUUAAUGAUUUCUACAUUCACUGGAAUUAAGGCAGACUUUGCUUAAAUUGGGCUAUAGCUGUUGCCAGCAACAGUAUACUCUAUGGCAUUAUAAAUUCCAGAAUGGUAAUAAUAGAGUUGGUAACAUUCACAGUUUUUAAUUUCAGCCAUUCAAGUUGCCUUCUUUUGUAAUGCUAUGCAGUUUGAUAUUAUAAUGUAAGUUAAUUUUUAUAUGUAUAUGUAUAUAGGAGAACUAGGCAUCAUAGUUUUAAGUACCUAUCCAUUUUUGUUUUCUUCUGUUCUUUCGGUGUUUAGAAUUCUGAGAGAUUUGAUGACUGGCACAUGUUUUUCAGACAAAAUGCAGAGAACUUCUUAAAGUUCAGUUCUCAUCACCAGACUUCAGUGUCUACAUUUUCUCUGAAACUGCUUUGUUUCAUGUAGUUGGGAUCUGUCUUUGAUCUUAAAUACUGAUUUCUUGUGCAGCCUUAUUUUGAUCCAUCUCUAAAGAACUGAAGAAAACAGCAGUGUAUUUGCUUAAAAGUUCCCUUCAUUGCAGCAAUCUUUUUUUUUUUGUCAUCAAGUCACUUAAGAACAGCUUUAAAGUAACUUCUGAAUAAGUUCCCAACUGAAUUGAUUGGCAGGGAAGAAGCAGAACACUAAAGAUUGUCAAAAUUUAUGUGUGCACAAUGCAAAGAUUAAUGAAUUUGUGCUUCCACAAACAUUUAAGUCAAACCUGGAAACUGUUGCUUCUGUAAUGGUUUAUUAGGAAGACUUGUGUGGUCUAAGCAUAUUUUUGUGGGAUUAGAAGUUGUAAUUUCUUUAUCUUGUGUGACAAAAUAAAACAUAACCAAAACUAAAA